AGUCAAUACCUUUCCCAGAAAUACAAACUAAGAACAUCUUCGAUUUUGGAAACUCAUAGAACACUUGUCACGAAUCGCUUGAAGAACAAGAUUGUGGAGCCUAUCAUGUCCUGAAUUCCUUCCUAUCCUUGGACUUUUUUCUUUACAUCGGCUGGACGUCCUACGUCAACUAGAACGUCAUGGCUGCCGCGUCCAGAGAUCUCGCGCGUCUGCGCGAUCAGACGAUGGUCAGUCUCGAGGAGGAAGAGGCUGUCACGGUGAACACGCGCGCCUUGAUUGACAAAGUCCUGGCGCGAUAUUCCGGAGAAUGGACGACCUUGCGUGAACUCAUCCAGAACGCUGCCGAUGCUCAGGCUCGUAGAGUCAGUAUUCGCUUUGAGACCUUGCCUUCGAGCACGGUUCCGCUACCUUCCACGCAAGACACAUCAGAACAUAUUCGUCAUGUUCUCCUACAUCAUACAUUGAGGACGAUGAUCGUCACUAAUGAUGGAGAGGUUUUUCAAGAGACGGAUUGGCAACGCUUGAAGAGAAUCGCUGAGGGCAAUCCUGAUGAAACCAAAAUUGGCGCAUUUGGUGUCGGAUUCUAUUCAGUCUUUGCGGACUGCGAGUCUCCCUUUGUGAGUUCGGGAAGACAGUCGAUGGCGUUCUAUUGGAAAAAGGAUAGUCUGUUCACGAGACGAGGGAAAUUGCCGGAAGAGCAGGCGGAUGGGAGCACGACUUUCCUGCUAGAUUAUCGGAAUAACACAACACCUGUGCCUCAACUUCUGAGUCUGUGCCAAUUCCUCGCUACAAGCUUGACGUUUGUAGGAUUGGAGUCCAUCGAGCUUUUCAUCGACGAUUGGAAUGUCCUCACUUUAACGAAGAAGAUGUCUCCAGGCGAGAACGUGAAAAUUCCGAACGACGUCAAUCCUAGAACGAAAGACGGGCUCAUGAAGAUCACGGAUGUGCAAUAUCAAAGUGCGCAGAUAGAUGCAAAGUGGAUGAAUGUGGUCGGAUGGAACCGAAGAUACCAGGCUCCAGCAUCGACCGCGGUCGCUGCACAAUCACAAACCGAAUCUGCGGGAGUCAGUCUUCGAAAUUGGUUUGGCAAGCUCACGAGCAGUGCGAUAAAUACAACGGCGCGCAAGGCGCAAAGAGAAGAAGAUGCUUUACAGCAGACUAUUUUAGACGAUUUAGCAGGAUACUCGACGGCCACUGUCUUCCUCCGUAUGAGCACUGUCAACGUACAAACCAACGUCAGCAAAUCGCUAUCUCAAGAGCUCGAACGUGCCACAAAAAAGCCCCCGCCAAAGCGCACACGCAUUGCCAUUUUGACUUCAUCAUAUGAUGAGACGGCUGCGUCAAUGACUCUUGGUUCAGGCAGUAGCAGUCAGCGGGCCACCGAUAUCUUUGCGUCGGUCUUGCCGACCAAGAAUGGCAAGAUCUUCAUCGGGUUUCCAACAGCACAGACGACUGGUCUUCUUGCACACAUCUCAGCACCGUCAGUCAUCCCGACGGUUGAGCGUGAGAGCAUAGAUCUCAAUGCACGAUAUGUGCGUGACUGGAAUGUGGAGAUGCUCCGCGUUGCGGGCAUCGCUUGUCGAAUAGCAUACACUGGAGAGAUGGUCGAAUUGCGCACCAGCAUCGAGCGAUCAAUGAUCAAACACGGCCGAAAACGAGUCGGCCCUGAAGACAUUACUACAGUACUACCAUCAGCAAUACACACGUACAAGCAAUACAAUUAUGCGGAAUCCACACCAUCAUCUAAAGUUGGACAGUAUAUUGAGGAGGCAUUCUGGACCUGUAAUCAAAAGGCCACCAUCGACGUAUUAUCAACCAGAGGCGUUCUGCCCAGCAAUCAAGUCCGUGUAGCAACGGAACAAUUGUCUUUUGUGGAAGGUAUUCCCGUCGUGCCAAGUGAACUGGUGGAAAAAGCGAACGAAUUCCUUACCAAAAUCCGGGAUUAUGGGCUACUGUCAGACAUCACAACCAGCGACAUCAAAAAGGAGCUAGAAGCGCAGGCGCUUUCGGAAAAGCAGGUUGUGGAGCUGGUCAGAUGGGCAUGUGCUAAAGUCAGCCAGGGUGACAUGGAUGCUGGUGCUGUCCAAACUUUGUUCGAUGGUACAGUGGCCAGCAUCGCAGAAGAAUUCGUGGCCACCUCCGCCAGUCCGGUCCUUCAGCUCGGAGAAGUGUCGACCUUCAUUAACACGUCGAAGAUUCCUGCGGAAAUGCCCACGCCAGCACAAACCAUACCAUUUCGCUUCACGAAGAGCUUGUCGCCAACACAACUACAGUCGAUUGGCUGGGAUGAGCUGCAGAUUGUACCUUGGCUGAGAUGGAUUGUUGAGAGUGAUGGCCGAGGGUUUGGCUCUCAGCAAAGUUUAACGAGUUCGCCAGCAGUCGCCUCGCAAGUACUGCCAGUCAUAUCCAAGGGGUGGGAAGGCUUGUCACACUCGUCCAAACAAUCCGUCCAGGAGCUUCUGAUACCGCGGACAGUCAUCCCGACUAAACUGGGCAUGCGAAAACCAGCGCAGGCCUAUUUCGGGAAUGUCAAGUUGUUCGACGAUCUACCUACAAUCACGGGUCUGCAGGGCGUCAAGGAGAAGUUUUUAUCUUCGCUAGGCGUGCGGAAGACAAUCGAACUCAACGUCGUCUUUGAACGACUAAUGGCAAGCACGCCGAGCGUGGAGGAGGGCAAGUGGAGUCAUGUCGAUUUGAUCAAAUACCUUGUCAGCGUACGCGAGGAUAUUCCCCAAGAGGACCUCAAACGCCUACGACAAACGCCAGUUUGUCCCGCUGAGAGUACAUCGACGGACCAGACUGUGAAAGGCAAACUUUACCGCCCUUCGGACCUAUUCGAGCCGGAUGAAGCGAUACGCAAGCUUGGUCUUCCAAUUUUACAGUGGCCUGGACAUUACCGUGCUAAUACUCCCGAGGGACGUUUUCUUCGAUUUCUGGGACUCCAGGUAGCUCCAUCAGUCCCGGAUCUAGUUGAGAUUCUCUGCAAAGCUCCUGCUGGCCAGGAACUUCAGCAAAUCGCGAUCAAUUACUGGAUAAUGAACGCCUACUCGAACGGCUACGUCAAGUUUCCAAUUGCGACUAUCGACAAAGCCUUUUUGCCAGUUCAACCAUUCGCUGGGGAGUCGAACAAUCUUAUCGCCAAACCAUCGCAGUGUUUUGCAAAUCCGAUGGCAUCAGUUCUGCGCUUCCGCACGCUGCGUGCUGAUCUACAGCCUCACCACGCCAUCUUUGGUGUUGCUCUGGAGCCGCCAAUGCAAGCUUGCGUUGAGCGACUCAUCAAGGCACCGCCAGCCAACAUCACUUCCGCCCAGACCCUCUUUGGCUACUUCGCAACCCGUCUCUCGGAACUUGGGCCCAACGAUGACCUGACACGUCGACUGAGCGAUGCUCCCAUCGUGCCGAUCGUAGACGGUCGCAGCUCUGAGAAGGGUACCAAAUUCCGAAUGGUCGCACCACGGGCCUGUUUCCUGGGAGACAGUUCUACUUACGGCGACAUCUUUGAUUUUGCUGAUUUCGGCGCUGAAGCGAACACUUUCCUUCUCCGCGUAGGCUCCAAGCAUGAACCCAGUGCUGCAGAGAUUGCAGCGAUGUUGACCCGACAGCCUGGACGGCUACUCGAAACACUUGGAUCAGAUAAAUAUCUCCAAUUACUGCGUAAGAUCGCCGAAUAUGCCGCAAAUCUGAAGAAGGACAAGGCACUGUGGCAGCAAUUGAAACUUGCUCCUUGUCUGCUUGCGGAGAAGCUAGUGCGCACAAACCUCACAGAGAACGAGAAAGAUGGCGACCAUGAAGACGAUGCCGUAAUCAAAGAGUAUUCUCUUGCACGCGCAUCUGACAUGGUACUCGUGGACGACUUUGUUACAUAUCGCCUUUUCCAGUCAAAUCUGCUGUCCGCUCCUCAGGAGGAGGUUCUAGAAGAUCUAUAUGCGUCUCUCGAUACGCCCUGGCUAAGUCGUCUGGUAGAAGAUGACCAACGCAUGGGUGCGCUACUCAAUGACCAAUCCGCUGGCAUUAAGCUGCAGCAGCUACUUGUUGAGCGUUGUCGUCUUUUCUUACACGACCAUACGACCGACGUGAUUCGACACGACGCAAAGUGGCUUGACCAGAAUUUGACUGUCAAAGUGACCGAAUUUCUCCAGGUGACUCGCAAACUGAAGGGAUACCGCAUGCAUUUCGUUGAGAAGCGGACUGCGGCAUUACAUCGCGAAUCGAAGCGAGAUGCGACUUUAUUUGUCACGGCACGCUUCGACUUAUACGAGGUCAGUCGCGCUAUCAUGAGCGUUCUCCUGAAGCGACCCCGGCAGCAAGAUUUUCUGGCUUUGGAGACUAUCCUUGACAGCGAUCUUCGUCGUCUCAAGACGAAGGGUUACAAUGUGGAUCGAAUCCUACGGCAGAAGGCUGCAGAAUCGCGCAUCGCGGCAAGCGAAAGACAAAAGCGCGAAGAGGAGCAGCGUCGGCUGGCUGAGUCGCAGGCCUCUAACAUGGGUGCUCUCGCCCUGCCAGCACCUCCGACAGGCGACAAGGGAGGCUCAUCUGGAUCACGAGGGACGUCUGAUACCGUCACGAAGGCUAUGAAGCCAUCGACACCCGAGAAAUCGCUGACAAUGCCAGGUGCAUUUGGUGAGAAUUCUCCAGAAGCUUUCGACCCGCAAGCCAAAGGAAAGCAGCCAAGCGGUCUGUUCAGUAGUCUGACACGGCAUCUUGGCCUCAAUAACUUGGCUGGUCAGGCAGGCCAGCAGAUGCAGAACAUGAUCAACAAUGGACAGCGACCAGAUAUGCCACCGCCAUAUACCGAGAACGACCCUCAAGGUAGCCGCGCGCUGACUCCAGGUACGGAGCGCGUAACCUCACCCAGGGAUCUUCAGUCCAACCUGCAGUCUGCCAUUAAUGCUACGCGCGAAUACAAUGCUUCGUCCCUGUUUUCGCCGCCUUCGACCAAGGAGAUCAAAGAGACACCGUCCUACUGUGACAGUAAGCCCGGCCAUGAUAUCAAGUUUAUCGCCGAGCUCGGCAAUGGUAUCAAGUUCUAUCUCAACCGAGAUCAUGCCAAUCCGGACACAUUCCUCUCUGCGAACCGGGACGGUAUCGCGCACUUUGUAACGAUCCUGACUGAAACCGCCGCGAUUUUCGACCUUUCCCCUCAGACCAUCAAUAUCUUCCACGACGCACAAGGCGCCGCAAUCGCAUUCAACAGCAACGGCAGCCUCUUCUGCAAUCUCCGGUAUUUCUUACAAUUGCACAUGGGCCAGGUCGACACCGCCGAGGGACGGGUCGAAGCCAUGGCGUAUUGCUGGAUUGCCUUUUAUACUUCUUUUCUUCCGUUUCCUCUUCCUCUCGAUUGGAGUACGGGGCUGCUCCUAGACAGUCUCUCGCCCGCCAAUAUUUCGUUCCACGGCGGCAGCAGCAGCAGCCAUCCUCGUCGACCGGCCAACAUACCCCUACACAAUCUUCGACCCUCCUCACACGCUCGGUACAGUAACGACUCCGUCGGCAACGAGAACGGCGAUCGUCAACGCCUGCGUCGGCGAUCGGAUUCCAUCGAUAGUGACGAAGAUUCCGAGUUCGGUCUCGGAAGCGACACCGGUGACCUUGUUGACCAGCUUGCCGAUCUCGAAGACCCACUCGCACAUCGUCCUGGCCUCGACGGAACACAAUCUUUCUCAAACCACCGCGGCCGAUCACGAUACCAGCCCCAGCGUGCACCAAAGCCACCUAACGAGAAAAGAGGACGUGAUUGGGGAGUCAAGAGGAAAGAGGAUAUCCGCAUCCCGAGCCCACCGCGUCGUCCGCUGAAUUGGGGCCAGCGAUUGCUCGUGGCCGCCAUGGCGCCAGAAGAUGGGCCCUCGCGGAUGCAUGGCCUGCACGGCAAGAAGCUGAUUUACUUCUUGUCCAUCUUUGUGUCCCUCGGUGUGUUCCUCUUCGGAUAUGAUCAAGGAGUCAUGUCGGGAAUCAUCACAGGUCCACACUUCCGGGACUACUUCAACCAACCAUCAAGAGCUGAGAUUGGCACAAUGGUGGCUAUUUUGGAAGUGGGCGCUUUGGUCUCGUCAGUUGCUGUCGGCAAGAUCGGAGAUAUACUUGGUCGGAGGAAGACGAUUUUCUACGGUGCUGCCAUCUUUGUCGUCGGCGGUGCUCUACAAACAUUCGCCAAUGGCAUUGCCAUGAUGCUCCUCGGCAGAAUCGUUGCAGGUCUCGGAGUGGGUGCUCUGAGCACAAUCGUCCCCGUCUAUCAGAGCGAGAUCAGCCCGCCGCACAAUCGUGGCAAGCUGGCGUGUAUCGAGUUCUCGGGUAACAUCUUUGGAUACAUGUGCAGUGUGUGGGUAGACUACUUCUGCAGUUACAUUGACAACGACUGGUCAUGGCGGCUACCGCUGGCGAUGCAAGUCUUUAUGGGAGGUCUUCUCGCUGUUGGAAGCUUUCUGAUCGUUGAAUCGCCUCGUUGGUUGUUGGACAACGAUCACGACGAGGAGGGCAUUGUGGUCAUUGCUAACCUCUACGGCAAGGGCGACAUUCACAACCCCAAGGCUCGCGACGAAUAUCGUGAGAUCAAGAUGAACGUCCUUCUUCAACGCCAAGAGGGUGAACGUUCGUACGUGGACAUGUUCCGACGAUACGGCAAACGAGUGUUCAUCGCCAUGUCGGCACAGGCGCUUGCGCAGCUGAACGGCAUCAACGUCAUUUCCUACUACGCUCCACUCGUGUUCGAAGAGGCUGGCUGGUAUGGUCGCGAUGCCAUUCUCAUGACCGGAAUCAAUGGCAUCACAUAUCUCGCAUCGACUGUCCCGCCGUGGUACAUUGUGGAUCGCCUCGGCCGUCGAUUCAUUCUACUAUCUGGUGCCCUGGCCAUGCUGUUCUCCCUCUCUGCCAUGUCAUAUUUCUUGUACAUCAAGAUCGCUCUAACACCACGAUUGGUCGUCAUUUGCGUGAUGAUCUACAACGCCGCAUUCGGAUACUCCUGGGGACCUAUUCCGUGGCUCUACCCUCCGGAGAUUCUGCCUCUCAGCAUUCGUGCCAAGGGUGCCAGUUUGUCAACCGCGUCCAACUGGGCAUUCAACUGGCUUGUGGGUGAAAUGACGCCCAUUUUGCAGGAGGCGAUCGGAUGGCGUCUGUACUUGCUUCACGCGUUCUUCUGUGCCGUCAGCUUCGUCGUUGUCUAUUUCAUCUACCCAGAGACAGCUAACGUGCGUCUGGAGGACAUGAAUUCAUUGUUCGGCGAUGCAACGACAGUGGCCCCUACGCCGGAGACCUUAGCCGAAGCAGCCUCCUUGUUUAGCGGCCACCGAUCACCAAUCGGUUCAUUGCAACUAGACGACCCAAGCGAGCCUAUUCCGGAUAUGGACCUGCAGCCUCCGGACGUAGAGAUUCAAGAUGGCAAACCUAUCAUUCGCGAGAACCAAUCAGAAGGCAUCGGGGGCUGGAUUUCGAACGUCGUCAAACGAGCCAAGGGAGAGGAUCCCAACGAGGGAGGAAGUGGUAAAUAUAGACGUGUUGCAGAUGAUGACGAAUGAUCGGCUUUGAGAUGUUUUGUGUGAAAAGGAAUUAGAGUUGGAUGUACGGUGCUGUUCUCACUUUUGCUGAGUUGAGUUCCGGUGUGAAGCAGGCACAUUGUUCUGAUUAUAGAAUUGUCUUGAAACAGCAUUAAUAUUGGCGGCGCGUGAG